CUUUUGCAGAAAUUAGAACAAGAGAAACAUGUUCUGCGACAAAAACUGGCCAUUGCAGAAGAAGAAAGCGAGCAGCGUGUGCUGGAAUAUCAAACAGAUCUCAAUGAACUCAAAGACAAAUUGCAGGCUCAGGAAAUCGCAAUACGUCAAGCUGAAAAAGAAAAGACCUUGAUAAUCGAAGAAUUAACAAGUCAAAAUGCCCGUUUAACGGAACAAAUACAAGAGGCACACAAUACGGAAAUGAAGCUAAUGUCACAAAUCCAAGAACUAAAAGAUCAGUAUCAAUAUCGGAAUACCAGUUUACAGGAACAUGUCAAUAGUCUGGAAUCGAUAAAAACGGAAUUAAAUCUAACCACAGAAAAACGCCAUGAACUGGAGAAACGUCUACAACAAGUACAAGAGGAAAAAGAAAAUCUAGCCGCUGCUCUGGAAGAAUCAUCAGAUCGCAUUCACAUGUUGGAGCGACAUGCCCGUGAACAGGAAACUAAACUAGAGACUACCUUACAAGCAUUGGAAAGAGCGACCAGAGAAAACAAUGUACUCAGUGAACGUUUGGGAGCGGACUCCUAUUCCGCAUCGACGGGUAAAAAAUCCCUACAAUUUGAAAUGGAAUGUGAUGAAGAUGAGGCUAAUUUCUCCGAAGAUGGUAAACCCUCACAAAUAUGGGUAGAAUCUCGUUCCGUGUAUAUACAAUUAAAAUCAUUGGUAGAUUCAUUGAAAAUCAGUCACGACGAUGAUUCAGGUUUAAAUUCGGACAUAUCGUUGGAUUUGGAAUCUAUGGAUAAUACCAUAUCGUCGACAAGCGAUGUCGGUGGCAAUAAUAGUGGCAUGGACAGUAAUGGCAAUGGCCAUCCCAUCAAUUUCCGUCCAGGUAUGCUGUCGGCAAUGUCCGAUGAAUUGACACGCUUGCUACUGAAUUUGGAUGCGGGUAAUUUCAAGAAAAUGUUAGACCAGACACGUAAUUUGGUAUUGGAGCAAGAAGAUGAAAUAAAACGAUCUCAUCAACUGAUACAACAGCUGGAAGCUAAGUGCGCUGUUACCGAUGUUGAACUACAAAAUGUCAAAGAAGAAAGAGAUCAGGCCCGUAGCGAUUUGGUCGACUACUCCGACCGCGAUGAAUUAUUGGCCAAAGCCCAAAAAGAACGUGAUAAUGCCAAUGAAAGGCGUACAAAGGCCGAAGUUGAAUUGGCCAAGACCCGUGUUGAACUCAUGCAAGCCAAUUCACAAUUAUUGGAAUCCAUUCAACAGAAGGUUGAAUUGUCACAGCAAUUGGAACAGUGGCAGAUGGAUAUGCAAGAAUUGAUCGAAGAACAAAUGCGUUCGAAAAUGAUCAACAAUCGUAAAAGCCAACAGACCCAGCCACAGACCAACAAUGCCAGUGGAGCCAGCAAUUUGGCCAAACGAUUGUCCAACUACAAAUUGUGGAGCCUUUUUCAACGGUAAUCUGAUGUCGUUGAAGUGGUGGCGCUAUGCGUCCUUAAUUUUAAUCAUGUAAAAGCUUUCAAACGUUUAUUAAAUUGAGUUUACUCUUUAUUAUUAUAUA